GUGUGUGUGUGUGUGUGUGGUGAAUCUCUGAGUGAGUGUGUGUGUGUGCGCGCGCUGCGCAGUUGGAAGAUUCCGCUGAUUUUCCGGUACAAAGUCUCUGGAGUGAAGCUGCGGAGCGGCGGACAUUACCGAGCACCGAGAGACACCGAGAGCCUGCGCUCCUCACUUCACUUCACUGCUCCUCACUUCACUGCUCCUCACUUCACUGCUCCUCACUGCGCCUUCAGCUGCUGCAGCCCUACACCGGAACCCCCUCCCCCUCCCCACCCCCCAGCGCGUGUGUGUGUUUAUUUAUCUUCUCCGGCAGCUGGGUUUCUGUACACCUGGAUCCUCUGCAAUCCGGGAUGUGGGCGUAUCCCGGGGAGCGCUGCGUGGGAUUUGGAUCGGAGUGGUGCGGGUGAUGCAGUAUUCUGGGUGGUGUUCAGUUUAAUAGAUCGGACAGAUCAGACUGGGCACCAUGGCGGCGAAAGAAAACCCUUGCCGUAAGUUCCAAGCGAACAUCUUCAACAAGAGCAAGUGCCAGAACUGCUUCAAACCCCGAGAGUCCCACCUGCUGACUGACGAUGACUACACACAGGCUAACCCUAUAUAUGGAGGAUGGCUGCUCCUCGCACCUGAAGGAACAAACUUUGACAACCCGUUACACCGGUCUCGAAAAUGGCAAAGACGAUUCUUCCUUCUCUAUGAACAUGGACUCUUGCGCUAUGCUCUUGAUGAGAUGGCCAGCACGCUUCCUCAGGGCACCAUAAACCUGAAUGUGUGUGUAGACGUGGUGGACGGAGAGAGUGCGACAGGUCAGAAACACUCGCUCUGCAUCUGCACUCCGGACAGGGAGCACUACAUCCGAGCCGAGAGCCGAGAGGUCAUAAACGGAUGGCAGGAGGCUUUGAUCGUCUUUCCACGGACCAACAAACAGAACCAGAAGAAGAAACGGAAGGUGGAACCGCCUACUCCACAGGAACCUGGCCCAGCCAAGGUCACUGUAACAAGCAGCAGUGCUCUGUGUGUCAAUAACAGUGUGGUUCAGUCUGAUGGGGCUGAGCCUGUGAGAGAGUCGGAGCGCGUCAUUGGAGGGCGUAAGCCAAGGGUCGAGAGUGGCUACUUCUCACUGGAGAAACCAAAACCUGAACAGCACCAACAGGAACAGCUCGCUUCCUCAUCCUCAUCCUCCUCUUCCUCUCGUCUGAGGUACAGCACCUCGGAACCGGUGCUGUUCCCCUCACCGUCCUCACACACUUCACCUGACACACACACUACACAUUCAGACUUCACAGACACACCCGCUGUUUCACCAUCUGUCGAUGCUCCACACACACAUACAUCAGCAACAACUCACACAGUGCGAUCUUCUUCUCCACGCACUUCUGCCAACAUGCCCACACUGCCAUCACCGCUCUCGUCCUCUCAGAGCUCUCUCGACUCUGAGUCGAGCCCUGAGAGGCGGAGUCGUGUUGUGAAUUUGGGUGGGGAAAUCGUAUCAGAGGCUGGAGGAAUCAACGUGAGGCCUGGGCGAGGUGGGCGGAGCUAUGCAGCACUGGCAGACGUCCCCCGUGCGAGAAGGCUGAGUCAUCGCGAGGCAUUUCGUUCUGAGCGCAAACGGCAAGAGCUAAGAGCGAGAACACGGAGCCCGGGGAGAGAGGAGGUGGAGAGACUUUUUGGCCACCAGAGAAAGCGUACUCAGGUGAUCGAGCGUUUUGAGUCACAACAGGCAAGAGAUGCAUUGGAGCACAUGGACACGACAGACCCAUCCUCUUCCUCCAGUCAAUCCACCAAUCAGAGAACAGGACGCAGUGAGAGGCGUCUCCCCACCCAGAAACAGGAUCUCUCAUUGGAUGCCGGUACCACAGGCUCAGUAACAGAUUUUUCUGGAAAAAUGUCUGUUUACAGGAGGGCAAAAAGCCUGGACCGCCGUGUUACAGAGUCAUCCAUGACGCCUGAUCUUCUGAACUUUAAGAAAGGAUGGAUGACCAAACUGUACGAGGACGGCCUGUGGAAGAAGCACUGGUUCGUUCUGACUGAUCAGAGUCUGAGAUAUUACAGAGACUCCAUCGCUGAAGAGGCAGCGGAUGUGGACGGAGAGAUUGAUUUGUCCACGUGUCAUGAUGUCACUGAGUUUCCAGUGCAGAGGAACUACGGCUUCCAAAUCCAUAGUAAGGAGGGGGCGUUCACUCUCUCUGCUAUGACUUCUGGGAUACGGAGGAAUUGGAUUCAGGCCAUAAUGAAGAGUGUUAAACCCACAAUCACACCAGACGUCACACGGAAAAACGUCCCACUCAAACUCUCUGUUCUCAAAACGAGUUCUGUCCCAGAUGAACAUGCUAAUGCUAAAGCAACCCCUCCAAACCCUGACAUCUCUCGGCCUUCACAUGUGUGGGGUCAGAGGUCAUGUGAUGCCACUGUCGAUUCAGUCUUUGAACCCCGUAAGCCCCGCCCUCGCGACCGCAGACGAGAGGGACGAUCCAAAACCUUUGACUGGGCGGAGUUUCAAAAUGAGAGGGCAGAAGCUUUGGAUACAAGCUCCUCCCCUUCCCCAUCUUCUGUUUCAUCUUCUGCUUCCUCCCCUUCCUCGUUGGUCUCAGACAGGAAGUUACUUCAUCGGGAACAGGAAGUGGCUCCAGAGAACAAAAAAGGGCAUGUGGGCGUGGCCAGUGGAGUUCCAUCAGUUAAUAAAAAUCCUGAUGUACAAGUAGAGAUUGAAGAAAGAUGGCAUCAGGUGGAGACCACACCCCUCAGGGAGGAGAAACAGGUGCCAAUCACUGGAAGCUCCAGCCCCUUUUCUACUGGAGACAAAAUUGCUGCAGAUCUCACGUCCCGGCUGGACACAGAGACCCAGAGGGAGUUGGUGAGGUUGCAGGAACAGAACACACUCUUGCAGGAACAGCUACAAGACGCAGAACAGAACGCACGGGAAGGUUAUGUAUUACAGUGUACCAGUGAACAAGGACAACCCUCAUUCGAUUCCACAUCUUCCUCGUCUCACCGAGCACCAUGGCAAUGCCUUGGCAAGCUGAACCAGGAACUUAAGACAGAGCUGGAAGCUCAACGACGGAAGCAUGAUCUGGCUAAUCAGCAGGUCAACAGCCUGAGGCGGAGCUACAGCGAGGCACAGGAUCUGAUUGGGCAUCAUGAGUCUGAAAUUGAAGCUCUGCAAGCAAAGCUUGUUUCUGCGAUGGCUGAAAUUGUAGCAAGUGAGCAGGCAGUUGCACGCAUGCGCAGCGAGCUGAAGAUGGAACGUAGUUAUUGCCGCGAGCAUGAAGAGGAGUGGAGUCUCAACGAAAAAACAUUACGAGCACAGUUGCGGGACAGCGAGGAACGCCUCCGUGAUGUAGAAGCAAGUUUGUUAGAAAAGACCCAGGCACUGAGAUUACUGGAGAGACAGCAGGCCUUGCAACGGGACCAGCAAAAGGAAGUGCAGAGACUGCAGGAGAAGUUAACCGAGGUUACUGGAUGUCUUAUUGCGACAGAGGAAGCACAGGCUUUAAGGGAGGAGCGGGAGAAGAAAGAGCUCCGUUGCCUGGAGGAAAAGCAUGAGCGGGAGCGGCAAGGAUUGAGUCGUAGGCUGGCAGAGUCUGAGGAAAAAAGACGUGAGGCUGAAGAGCAACUCCAAGAAGUUCAGGACCAAGUAGAAACAAUCCUGAGAGGAUGUGGGGUGGGGCAGGUGGAAUCAGAGGCCAGGGAGGAGAUGCUACAUCUGCAGCAGGUUCUGAAUGAGCAGACUGAUAUGAUUGAGAACCUCCGGGAGAGUGUGAGAAGGCUCGAAGAGGAGAGAGAUCACCUCACAUGUCGUUGCCAGGAAUUGGUUAAUCAGAUUGCAGAGGCAGACAGGGAGGUAGGAAAACUGCAGGCACGGUUAAAGACGGAAGAGACAGAAUACUACUCUUUGGAAAACUCAUAUGAGCGAGUUUCAGAGGAGUUUGCAAGAAUCAGUUGUGUUCUGCGAGAGAAAGAGGAGGAGGUCCGACAGACAAAGGAGACAUAUGAGAAACUGGUGAGACAAAAAGACCAGGAUCUGAAUGAAGCCCUUGUCAAGAUGGCUGCUCUAGGAAGUAGCCUGGAAGAAACUGAACAACGCUUGAAGACAAAGAAUGAGCUUCUUAGUAAGAUUGGGCAUAGGGAAGUGGAACAAGGGUUGCAGAAGAAGCUGGCAGUAGCAGAGGACCGAAUAUCUGAACUGGAAGAGCAUUUCAAUGCUUUGCGUUUGGGGUAUGCAAACCUUAGAAUGGAACGAUGCUACUCCCAAGAGGAUAUCCUUGAUGCACUAGAAAAACAAGCGAAGCAUGAUGCAUCCUUUUCUACCACUUCCUCUUUGACUCUUGCAAGAAGCAGCUCAGAGACAGAAGUAUCCUUUGCAAAGCGCCAGAGGAUCCGUUUCUCCAACAUUCAGUGCCAAAAAUACCACCAGUCUGAAAGCUUCAACAGGGUUCGGACAGAUAACACAUACCCAGAUUUUACUCAAGAGGAGAGGCAGGAUCUUGUACCAGAAACAAGUCUAAACCUCACUGAUGACACCAUUCAGGACUUAUCGCAGGAUAUCAGCUUAGGAAGUGACAACACAUUCCAAUACAGUAGUGAUGCAGAAAAAUUUUUGUCCAUCAUCCAUGCACUAGAGUCAAAGCUCCAGACGACAGAGGAGAAACUUAGAGAUAUCUCAUCAAAGAUGCAGAAUGAAGAAGAGCAGCCUGGCAGAAAAAUUUCGAUGGAAGUAUGCUUUGGCGAUACUUCUGCUGAACCAGACCAGGACGAACCAGAUGGUAAAUCCAACUCUUGCUUGGACGACAUUGUACAAGAUAGUGUCAGCAAUGAAGCUUACAAGAAAGCUCUGACUUUUGUCGAGUCCUGCAGGGUUAGGGUUAGGGAGAUUCUCACUGGUCAGAAUGAAGAGGGAAGAGCACAAGCACAAGUUCACACCUUGGCUGAGAUUGAGAAAGACUUGAUUAAUGCAGCCUUGCACAUUAGGCAAGUUGCCACACAAUAUGAAGAUUCUCUUACCUGUCAGAGUGAACCCCAGACACAGAUGGAUAAAAGUGCAAUGAAGAUGCUUGCAAGAAUGUUAGCCUUUGAAGGGACUGUUUUGGAGAAAAUGGCACUUUCUCUUCAAGAUCCAAAAUCAGAACUAAUGCAAAGUCUUGGUGAGAUAAAAAGAGAAUCCCAACAGGUUAAGAUGAGCCACCAGGAUUGCCUUUCUGUAAUUUACACUGACAUUCUGACGAGGAAAAUAAAACUACAGCGCGUGCUGAUAGAUGAACUGAAUAAAAAUGAGGUCCACCAAGCACUUAUCUUUAGUGACCAGUCAGAAAAUGUGCAGGCAGCUGGUAAUAGUGUUUUUGCUCAGAAUUCAAUUCACAAUGCUUGUAUUAAUGCUGAACUUGCAUACUCCCUUCAGAACUUAAAACAUUCUUACCAAGACAAAUUUGAAGAACUUCAAGGAGACUUAGUCAAGGUAAAAGAGAUCUUGCAGCAAAAGGAUAUUGUUGGGAGGGAAGCAGCUGUGGCUUUCAGCCCCAAAAUUGUCAUCCAAGAUGUCAGUGAUGAGCUUAAUGCUGAUAUAGAGACCUCCAUUUCUGACAUCACCCCUCCUGAACUUGCUCCUUAUGCACAGCAGAUUGAGAGGGAAGAAGCUCACACUCUUGCUCAAGAAAUAAUAGAAAGACAUUUAGCUGGAAUCAUGCAGUCAUGUGUCACAGAAUCAGUGGCAUCACUGGAUACUACGCGAGAGAGUCUCAUUAGUGAGCUAAAGAGACAAGCAAAGGUCCUUCACCACCUGUCUCAGCAGCUGGAGAAUGCAUGUCGGGAAGAUAUCAGCUCUGUCCUUUGUGGACUUGCAGGUCAAAUACAAACAGUUUUAGGGCCCAGAGUCCUGAUGUGCAACUCUCUCAGCAUGCAUGAGGCUCUGAUUCAGGUGCAGGUAGCAUAUGUUGCCUGCCGACUGCGAGCUGACCACGAGCGGGAGCUAUCACUUUGCCAGGAGACUAGCCACAAUAUGGCCACUUUGGUCCAGGAGCAUGCCCAGCAUGUAGCAGCCAUCCACCAGCGCUUCCAGCGUAGUCUGGAAGAGGAACGGAUUCAUUACUUCAAGACAAUAAACUCCAUUCAGGAGGAAAAUGAAACUCUACGAGAGGAGGCAGCAAAGCAGCUUAAAGAGAUGGGCAAGCAGCAGGAGCAGAUUGUACAGAUGGAGGAGGCUUUCCAGAGGGAGAUGCAGGAGAUUAAGAAAAGGCAUACAGAAGAACUGGGUCAGGCAAUGCAGGAACGAGCGACCAGUGAGCUAGCAUUAAUCGAACGUGCUGAAAACACCCAACAGAAGCUCGAAACCUUGCUUCAAGAAGUUGAGGGAGCAGAGCUAAGGCACAAGGAACACAUAUGCAAGCUGGAGCAGGAACUCCAUGGGAAAGUUCAGGAACUGGAAAAUGUACAUCAGGAAGAGAUUCAGAAACUACACGACCGCUAUAGUCAGACUAUUCGCACUCUGGGAGAGAGAUUAGAGACAAUAGCAGAUGAUACACGUCAUUCAUCCACAACAGAGGCGCAAGGUGCAGAUCACUUGGAGAAGGGGAAGGGGCACGAGCGGGAGAUGAGCAGGGAUUCGAUGUCACUGCUGAGAAGCCGUGUGCAGGAGCUGGAGCUUCAGAUGAUGAACAUGCGUGAUGAACUGGAGAACAAACCACCAGAUGGAGACAUGGCCAGUCUACGAGAAAAGUACCAGAAAGACUUCGACAGUCUUAAGGAGACGUGUGAGCGUGGGUUUGCAGCGAUGGAGGAAACUCAUCAGAAGGUAAUUGAGGAUCUUCAGCGUCAGCAUCAGCGUGAGAUUAACAAGCUGCUGGAGGAGAGAGAGAGAUUACUGGAGGAGGAGACUAACGCCACCAUCGCUGCAAUCGAAGCAAUGAAAAAUGCUCAUCGUGAGGAAUUGGAGAAAACACAGCGAGCACAAUUGAGUGGAGUCAGUGCAGAUAUCGAACAGCUACGCAUGCAGUACGAGGAGGAGUUACAAUCCAUCCACCGUGAGCUGGAGGUGUUAUCCGAGCAGUACUCUCAGAAAUGUCUGGAGAACACACACCUUGCUCAGGCACUGGAGGCCGAGAGACAGGCACUGCAGCAGUGUCAGAGAGAGAAUCAACAACUACACACACACAACCAGGAGCUGAAUAACCGUCUGACAGUGGAGAUCUCUCGCAUGCGUUCCUCCUACAGUGGAGAGAAAACACCUUCACCUCUCACACAGGGAAAAGACCUGUAUGAACUGGAGGUCCUGCUCCGUAUAAAGGACUCAGAAAUUCAGUAUCUGAAACAGGAGAUCAACUCACUAAAGGAUGAGCUUCAGUCUGCACUGAGGGAUAAGAAGUACGCGUGUGAUAAGUACAAGGACAUCUACACAGAGCUGAGCAUUGUGAGAGCUAAAGCCGAUUGUGACAUCAGUAAACUGAGAGAAAAACUAUUGGCCGCGACAGAAGCUCUCGGGGAAAGAGACACACCCACACACACACCAGGAUAUGAUAUCAUGAAGUCAAAAAGUAACCCUGACUUCUUGAAGAAAGAACGCUCAGCUGUUUCCAGGCAGGUCCGUGGAGUGAGGUCAAAGAGUCUGAAAGAGGGAUUAACAGUGCAGGAACGGAUGAAGCUGUUUGAAGCAAAAGACUCGAGGAAGAUAUGAACUUACACACACACAUUUAUGAACAAAUGUAUACAAAAGGCUAAUGGUUUUGUUGUAGUAAGUGAAGAGACAUCAGCUGCUUAGUUUUAAUUAUUGGUGUGUGUGUGUGUGUGUGAGAGAGAGAGAAAGAGAGAUUUGCUAACUGCUGUAUAACUUUCAGUGAGUGCAACGGAGUGUUAUUCAAAGAGAGCCAGCUGUAAUUUUGCUAAGCAUGUUGUAAAUAAGUGUGUGUGUGUGUGUGUGUGUGUGAGAGAGAGAUUAUAGCUCAUUUUUUAAUACACAGCUCAUUAUAAGUCAGUUUUGCUCAGUCCUCACUGCUGUCACUCAGUGUGUUAUUGACGAUCUGAUUGGCUACUGAUGUAUCGAAUAUUUUAAUUUCCUGCAGCACUGUGCACAUUAGCACACUCACCACUUUCUGAGGCAACACAGUCAGCCAUGUUUGUUAAUCGCUAGUGUGUGAUGGAAAAGCGUGUAGUUUAGAAUGAUGUACACCAACACUGCAUCAACAAAAAAAAUGAUGAGAAAACAGCCACGUCUCUGUGUUAGCAUAGCCUGUUAGCGAAACUGCAAAUUAGAGCCUAGCAUGUGAGAUUAGCACAGGAAUGCUAAAGAAGUGAUGUGGCUAAUUUUAGUGUUACACCUGCAGAUGUACAUGUGCAGUGCAUUAUGGGUAAUACAUAGAUAGUGACCUUUGGCCGCUGAGGCUAAAGCCAUAAGAACAAU